ACCUCCCAGCUUCCUGACAGAGCCAGAGCCAAGGCCUGGGGCUCCUUCCUGUUCCUCUGCCCUCCUCGCAGCACUUCUCACCUUGCCCAUCCCUCCCAUCUUCCCCCAGGUCCUUCUGCUGGGAGCACCGCCCGCAGCAGGCAGUAGAGGCAGUGCCGAUGCAGGACACGACCUGCAUCAUCUGCAUGGAGCCCGUGGGUGACAGCAGGUCGUACAGCACCAUGGUGUGCCCAUCCUGCCGGCACGCCUGGUUCCACCGGGCCUGCAUCCAGGGAAUGGCCCUGCGCGCUGGGCUUCGCUGCUUCCAGUGCCCCCUCUGCCGAGACAGAGACACAUUUUUAGGAGAAUUGUUCAGCAUGGGGAUCCGAAUCCCAGACAGAAGUCCAAUGUGGGAGGAGAACAAUGCUUAUGCAUCUCUGGGAGGAAGGCACGGGAGCUGUGAUGCCAGCGUCUGCCGUUACCCACGUGGCAGGGAGCAGGCAGAGGAAGCGGGGCCCUGGGAGCUGCUCCUCUGCUGCUCCUGUGCUGCACAAGGCACCCAUCGACUCUGCUCCAACUUGAGUCAGAGCACAACCAGCUGGGAGUGCAACGCCUGUGCUGGAGAGGGCACCGGUAAGAGGCAAACAGCCGCGUGCUGCUGGGCUGGGGCCAGGCUUGGCCUUGUUCAAGUCACUUUGACCCAUGGGCAAUGGGACCCUGUCCCACCCCAGGGCUGGAGUUUCACCUCUCUCACCUCUUUGCUUCACCUUGCAGGCCCCAGCACCAACUAGGUUCUUGCCAGACAUAGCGCCACCAGCCAGCAGGAACUGGGGCAAUUCUGAGGCACCACAGCACUGGAGAGAAGCAGCUCCAGCACCACCAGCCAGGCACCACUGACACCAGCACACGGUUCCCAUGUGCCUGAAAACAGUGUCCUGUCCAGCCAGCGCAGGAUGGAGCAGAGGAGAACCAGCCCACGUUUACACCAGGAAGAGAACGCCUGCAAUCAGCCCCGAGGACACCGUGGGAGCUGCC